AUGAGACCCAUCAACCAAAUCGUCCUCCUAGGCUCCACAGCCACAGCAGCCGCAGCCCAAAACAGCUCUUCAGCCAUCAACUGGCGCGUGAAUCCCUCCGCCUCCAGCGAUGCCGUCCCCGUCAACAAAGACUACAUCGGCUUCGGCAUCGAGAUGAAAAGCUUCCCCGACUACGCCGGCUACAACAACGCCACCAACCCCUUCUCGACCUACCUCCUCACGCAGUUCUCCUCGCGCAGCGGCGGCGCGCCCAUCCCCAUCCGCGUCGGCGGCACGUCCAUGGACAACGUCUACUACAACGAAUCCCUCACGACGCAAGCCGUCAAAGCGACCGGCGAUACCUCGUGCGACCUGCACACGCCGCUCGACCUGGGCACGCGCUGGCUGCACGGCUUCGCGAACCUCGCGCCACAGCUGGACGUGCGGUACACGGUGCAGAUUCCGCUGGCGCGCAAGAACGUGACGAACGGCGUCGCGCUGGCGAACGCGUGCGUGGAUGCGAUGCCCGGAGGGGACGCGCGUCGCCUGGAUGCGUUCGAGAUCGGGAACGAGCCCAACUACUAUCCGACCAUCGGGUGUGGGGGCGAGACGGACAGGAACGCGUCGUGGGGGCCGAGUGAUUACGCUGCCGAGUGGACGGCCUACGCGGAGGACCUGGUCGCCGGGGUGGGGGCGCUGGCGGAGAGUGGGGCUAAGGAUUGGUUUCAGACGUAUACGCUCGCGUCGAAGGCGGAUGUUUCGGUGUGGAAUUUGUCCAACAUUUGGGACGAGCUUGAUCAGGGUGGAUACGUCAAGACGAUCUCGCAGCAUUACUACCAAGCAGAUGCCACGCAGGAUCUGAAAGGGCAGCUCCUCACCCACAGCACCACCGUCGACACCAUGCAAGACAAAUUCGGCGCCAACAUCGCGCUCGCCAAAACCGCCGGCGUCGACUUCGUCCUCGGCGAGGUCGGCGCCGCCAUCGCCACCGGCAGCGGCACCCCGAACUGGCGUCUGUACAGCACGCUGGGCGGCGCGCUGUGGACGCUCGACUUCCUGCUGCACGGCAUGGCCAUGGGCAUCGCCCGCGUGUCCAUGCAGCUCGGCACCAACUUCCGCAUGUCCGCCUGGCAGCCCGUCACCACGGCCCUCUACGACAAGGCCGUGCACGGCAACUACUACGGGCUCGUGGCGGCUGCCGAGUUCGUGAAUGGUGAUGGGGAUCUGCAGAUCACGGAGUGGAGUCUGGAUGAUGUGGUGGGCUACGCUGGGUACAACGGCGGCAGCUUGUCGAAGAUUGUCGUGUUGGACUUGAACUUUUGGGAGAACUCGACCAGUGUGAGCAGGCCGCAGAGGCCGCUUAACCUCACGAAUCUGGGUGAUGAUGUGACGGGUGUUAAGGUUUCAUACCUGACGGCGCCGAGCGGCGCUACUGACAACAGUACCAUCACUUGGGCUGGCAAGAGGUGGACUGCGGAGAACGAUGGCACCGAGUACACUGACGGCCCGCAGCCGGUGACGAUUAAUGUGCAGGGUGGCGUGCCGGUCCAGAAUAUCACAAUUCAGGCUUCGGAGGCUCUCCUACUUGAUAUCUUGAGGGACUGA